GAAGGGGAAAGGGAAAGGGGCGUGGCCGAACCAAAAGUGGGCGGGGCUCGGUCUACAUGAUCUGCCUGCUGUGUGCGCGCGUUCUCUCGCGCUCCGGCUGUGUUUCUGUCUGCCGUCUGCCUGCUGGGCGCGCUUCCUCUGUCUCUCUUUCUCUGUGGCUGGACUCUGUCUUGAGAGAGCCUCCCUCCCUCCCUGCUCGCCAUGCCCAACAUCGUCCUCUUCAGCGGCAGCUCCCACCAGGAUCUCUCGCAGCGCGUGGCUGACCGGCUCGGGCUGGACCUGGGCAAAGUGGUCACCAAGAAGUUCAGCAACCAGGAGACCAGUGUAGAGAUUGGUGAAAGCGUAAGAGGGGAAGAUGUGUACAUUAUCCAGAGUGGUUGUGGCGAAAUAAAUGACAACUUGAUGGAGCUUCUCAUCAUGAUCAAUGCUUGCAAGAUUGCAUCAUCUUCCCGUGUUACUGCAGUAAUCCCAUGUUUUCCCUAUGCUAGGCAAGAUAAGAAAGAUAAGGACCAAGGUAGAUGGAGCCGCGCCCCCAUUUCUGCAAAGCUAGUUGCCAAUAUGUUAUCCGUGGCUGGAGCAGACCACAUCAUCACUAUGGAUUUGCAUGCAUCCCAGAUACAGGGUUUCUUUGAUAUCCCAGUGGACAACCUGUAUGCAGAACCAGCUGUGUUGCAGUGGAUCAAAGAAAAUAUUCCUGACUGGAGGAAUUGUGUCAUUGUCUCCCCUGAUGCAGGUGGAGCUAAAAGGGUUACUUCAAUUGCUGACAGACUUAAUGUUGAAUUUGCCCUGAUUCACAAAGAAAGGAAGAAAGCCAAUGAAGUAGAUCGAAUGGUUUUGGUUGGGGAUGUGACAGAUCGUGUGGCAAUUCUUGUGGAUGAUAUGGCAGACACUUGUGGCACAAUAUGCCAUGCAGCAGAUAAGCUGGUUUCUGCAGGAGCAACUAAAGUAUAUGCUAUUCUCACUCAUGGGAUCUUCUCUGGCCCUGCAAUUUCUCGGAUUAAUAAUGCCGCAUUUGAAGCAGUAGUUGUAACUAACACAAUCCCACAGGAAGAAAAAAUGAAACAUUGUCCCAAGAUUCAGGUUAUUGAUAUUUCUAUGAUUCUUGCUGAGGCAAUCCGAAGAACACACAAUGGUGAAUCUGUGUCCUACCUGUUCAGUCACGUCCCGCUAUAACUUCAAAACAGCUGUGGCAUGCCACAUCCAGCACCUCUAUACCAAAUAGUGCAUCUCGUUUUAAAGAUAAUAAAGGUCUAUGACAGUUUCAGGUUGACUAUGUGUACAUUCCUUUUUCUAUUAUGGACAGUAACUACAAUGAGAAAGAGAAUACUGUUUUUGGAAGGCCAAAGUUAGCUCAGGAGUUUGAUCCUAAUAGGACUUUGCUUGCUCAAAGUUAUUGAAACUCUCACAGAUCUUAACCUUAUGCUGAUAUGCAGACUUUAAAAGAUUUAAAUGACUUGAGUAUGUUCCCUUUUGAAGAAAUCAAUCUCUGUCAUAAGCUAUCAGAUGUUCUAUGGUAAUUGUUUUAAACCUUCUUAAAAGUGGCCCAGAACAAUGAUUAACUGCCUUGUCUUCUCUCUGAAGAAUCUGCUUUAAAUGUUUCUUUUAAAUAACUAGCACCUUGAUCUAUAGAAAAGUGUUUCAUGGAUUCUGAGUUAUGGCUAUGAUUGCAUAUCUUGCUAUUGUAACUAGGUUAAACCAUACAGAGUUCUUUCAAAAAUGCAAAUAAAUAAACUGUAAUAAGCAUGUGAACUAUUAACACCAACAGUAUUUGGUGCACUAUGUUAUAUGUUAUAGCAAAGGUGGGGAAAGUGCAGAAUACCAUUUUCAUUUUUGCAAUACCUCAAAGAUCCCAGCCUCCAAAAUUUAAAGCUGGUGUGUGUAAGUAAAAAGUUGCCUGAAAAGUGCCUAGACUGCCCAUCUCUUGUAUAGUCCUUAAAUGAAUUCCUCAUAGUGAUUGGAGUACCCCACUCCCAAAUAACUAAAUUUUGCCAUCAAUCCAGAAACAAUAACUAGAAACUGCUUCCAGUAACUUAUGAGUACAGUUUGGACUAAUUUUCAUCUGAAAAUGCAGUGGUGCAUCCCACUUAGAUGAGGUGGGGCAAAAUUGGCUUCCAUCACCAUUGCUACUGGUCUCUGUUUUAAAGAGUUUUUAAGUAAAUUUCUCAUAGUAAUUCAUUCUUGUAAGAUAUUUCUAAAAGACUCUUUGCAAGUCCCUGUUCUUUCCUUAUCAGACUGGGAUACUGUUCCUCUCCAUACUGUUGGUUCUGAGGGUUUCUUUUCUCAUUAUUUUUAUGCCAGAGGAGCCCUUUCAUCACACCAAGGUUUACUCUUACAUGCCUGAGCUAUAUUGUUGGAGAAGAGCACAUGUUCCUCUUGGAUGCUGGAGGAAAGGCUUCAGUGGGGACAUCCUAAGUAGUUUUGAGCUUUUACCAUUACCUAAGUAAUCUAACGUGCAAAAAUUGAAAGAAGAGGAUGUUGAGACUCUGAUUUAUUUUUUAAUCUAAUACUUCAUUCUUGGGUUUUAGACAAUAAAAGGGACCAAUCAUAAGCCCUCAUAAUCAUCCACACAUAAUGUUGCCUAUGUGUUAGGGAAGUCUGGUUAUUAAAUGGUACUAUCGUAGACUUUCUUCUCUUCUAGUGAGUCUGGACUUUUUUGUUUUUAAAGUUAUCUUCUGUACCAUGUUUUCAUCGUGUAAAAUGUAAGCAUGAUUUUGGUGUUGUUGUUUUUCCAAAAACCCAAAUUCCCACAAGAUCACAUGUAUUCUCAAAAUCUUCCAUCUGUAGGGGAACUGAAACAAUCCUAUAAAUAAUGUUUGUUGUAUAAAUUUUUAACAGUUAACUGAUUUUGAAACCAGUUGCUUAACAUUUGCUAAUCUAGCUGUCUAACUGAUACAUUUUGCAAGUAAGAAUGAAAUCUAUUUAAAUCAAGUUGUUUGCAGUUCGCUAAAAGUUGCUUUUAACAAAUGUGAGUUGUAUCCAUGGACAGUAAAACAGUAUCUUUAUUAAAGAUAAUUGGUAUGCUUUUUCAUAGCCAUUGUUACUUACAGUCUGACUUCCACUUAAGCAUUCAGAUCUAUUUCUUUAUUAGUACUGCUUUUAGUAAUAAAAGGGCAGGAAAGUUGAAAAGUACAUAGUGUUUAAACUGAAAGCCUUUCAAUCUAGAUGCCUGCUUAAUGAAACUGUUGUCCUUUAACUCAGACUCUUAUGUAUCUCAACCCCCUUGAAGAAAAGGAAAAAAAAUAUUUGAUGUAGUAGUCUCCAAUGUUGUUUCUGUCAUCUUUUUAAUCACUAUCAAAACCAAGUUGGCCUAGCUAAAAACAUUUUGUGUUCCAAAAGACACCAGAAAAGAUUUGCUCAUUAUUGUGUUUUAAAUUUCUCAAUAAACUCAGCAUUAUUCUACA